GAUGCCAGAAAUUGUGAAUUUUACCCAGUUAAGUGCUGAAUUAUCAGGAAUCCUAUAAAUAUUUUUGGACUUUUUUUCUGGUAUGCAAUUAAGAUACUUGGAAAUAGUUUGAUCUUUUCAGUACUUUCUUUUAAGCACUGUCAGUUGGAACCAACACAACCUCUAGUGUAGGGUUGCUUUUCUGCAUUGUUGAGGCAAUACUUUUCUGAGUACUCUGCCCAGCACUGACAUAAUGAAGUUUUUCACUUUGAUGAUGGGAAACUGAAUUAUUCCUGGAUUUGUAUGAGCUCUGGAGAUUUUUUUCUCUGCUCCAUUUAGGUACAUCUUUCCCUAAUCUUUGUUAGUUUCCUCACAUAUGUGUGCUUAUCAGUGAUUGUCUAAAUUUUUGUGGAGGAUUCUCUGUAGAUCUCUGGAAGUCUAUGUGCAGGUCUCUCCUUUGUUACUCUGUGUUACUAACUCCAGCCACGUUGGCCUCUUUAGAAGCCCAGAUUUAUCUUCUUAAUUCAUUGAGACCAUUAGGCUCUGCCUCUGUACACUGCAGUUGGUAAUUUCUUUCUUGAGGCAGUAAACUGGGACAACUAGAGGGAUGACCUCAUUUGUUUUUCUUCUCUCAAGAAUCACUGUUCUUCAUUGCCUGAUAUUCAGUUUCUAAAAACUGUUGUUUUCAUAUAUUUUUUCCAGUUUUUAAGUUGUUUAAGCCAGAAGAGUAAAUCCAGUCCCUGUUAGUCCAUCUUGGCCAGUAACAGAAAUCUCCACAUAUAGGAAGAAAAUAUAUGAUAUAUAUUAAGCAUGCAGUAUAUUGAGUGCUUCACACAUUGAGAAAGUAUUCAGUAAUUGAUCAUUAAUAUUGUCAUUUCUCUGCCUGCAUCCUGUUCAAUAAGCCUUAUUUUGUAUACCACCUUCUAUAUGAAGCUUUCCAGAUGAAUUGUUACUCUUUAUUUUUUGUACUCACAUAACUUUUUUUUAUACUUUCAUUUGACACACAUCUACAUUAUAAAUUUUGGUUUAUGUGUUUGCUGUUUGUGGUAGAUUGUAAGCCCUUAAACAAAUAAGAUCUAUCUUGUUUAUCUAUCCUUAGUUUUUGGCAUCUAGUAAAUGCUUAGGUAUUUGUUGCAUAAAUGAAUAGUCAAGACACCUUUUAUGAAAUAUUCAGGAGUAGAAUUUUUGAUUAGGAAGGAAAAAGAGAUAGUUUAAUAGUAUGAUAACAUUUGAGUAGAAUGAAGGAGAGAGGGGGUAAGAUUUGGGGAUUCCAGAGAGCAACAUGGGAGCAGAAGGUGGUUGGUUGAGGUUAGUAAUAUAUAAUAAUGAUAAUGAUGAUACUAGUAAAUACUACUGCUGCUGUUACUACUACUACUACUACUAAAGUUACUGUGAUGGUGAGAGAGGAUAGAGGAAUAUAGCAUGGACAAUGAGAGAGACAUACUGUAGUGUGUCAAUGGAACGAUUUUGUGAUACCUUCAGCACCUUGCUAUAAUAUAGAUGGUAACAUUGGUGACAUUACAUAAAUAUAUAUUGUGUGAAUCAGUAUAACUUGAAUUGUAAUAGAGGCUUUUAAACAAAGUGCUGAGAGAAAAUAAUAUACUUUUUGGAGUAGGUGAAACUUAGAAGGAGGAGAGGGGUAUGGAUUAACUGAGAAGAAGCAGAAAGAAAUUCUAGGUAAUGGAGAAUAGCAUAAAACCAAAGAAUAGUAUAGGCUGUAAAUAAGUAUAAUGUAACAUCAAAUGGACCUUGGAGCUGAGAUCACUAGGGCUUCACUCUUAUCUCUGCCAUUUGGUGUAACUCUGGACAAAUUACUUAGCCUUUCUGAGAUUCAAUUCUCUCAUCUGUAAAAUGGGUGUUGUUGUUGGAAAGAUUAUAUGAUGCAUAGAGAAAAUUUAUUUUAUUUCUGGCAGAUAGUGGGUCCGAUAACUAUUAGUUUCUUCUUUUUAGACAUUCUAUAUCUUCCGAUGAGGAAAGAAAAAUGCUUCAAGAAGGACUUUGUGACCCCUCAUCACUUUGUAUAAGAGCCCAGAAGAAUGUCUUCCAAGCAAGCCACCUCUCCAUUUGCCUGUGCAGCUGAUGGAGAGGAAGCGAUGACCCAAGAUUUGACCUCAAGAGAAAAGGAAGAGGGCAGUGAUCAACAUGUGGCCUCCCAUCUGCCUCUGCACCCCAUAAUGCACAACAAACCUCACUCUGAGGAGCUACCAACACUUGUCAAUACCAUUCAACAAGAUGCUGACUGGGACAGCGUUCUGUCGUCUCAGCAAAGAAUGGAGUCAGAGAAUAAUAAGUUAUGUUCCCUAUAUUCCUUCCGAAAUACCUCUACCUCACCACAUAAGCCUGACGAAGGGAGUCGGGACCGCGAGAUAAUGACCAGUGUUACUUUUGGAACCCCAGAACGCCGCAAAGGGAGCCUUGCCGAUGUGGUGGACACACUGAAACAGAAGAAGCUUGAGGAAAUGACUCGGACUGAACAAGAGGAUUCCUCCUGCAUGGAAAAACUACUUUCAAAAGAUUGGAAGGAAAAAAUGGAAAGAUUAAAUACCAGUGAACUUCUUGGAGAAAUUAAAGGUACACCUGAGAGCCUGGCAGAGAAAGAGCGGCAGCUCUCGACCAUGAUUACCCAGCUGAUCAGUUUACGGGAGCAGCUCCUGGCAGCGCAUGACGAACAGAAAAAACUGGCAGCCUCACAAAUUGAGAAACAACGGCAGCAAAUGGACCUUGCUCGCCAACAGCAAGAACAGAUUGCAAGACAACAGCAGCAACUUCUGCAACAGCAGCACAAAAUUAAUCUCCUGCAGCAACAGAUCCAGCAGGUUCAGGGUCACAUGCCUCCGCUCAUGAUCCCAAUUUUUCCACAUGACCAGCGGACCCUGGCAGCAGCUGCUGCUGCCCAACAGGGAUUCCUCUUCCCCCCUGGAAUAACAUACAAACCAGGUGAUAACUACCCCGUACAGUUCAUUCCGUCAACAAUGGCAGCUGCUGCUGCUUCUGGACUCAGCCCUUUACAGCUCCAGAAGGGUCAUGUCUCCCACCCACAAAUUAACCCAAGGCUAAAGGGCCUAAGUGACCGUUUUGGCAGGAGUUUGGACACCUUUGAACAUGGUGGUGGCCACUCUUACAACCACAAACAGAUUGAGCAGCUCUAUGCCGCUCAGCUGGCCAGCAUGCAGGUGUCACCUGGAGCAAAGAUGCCAUCAACUCCACAGCCACCAAACACAGCAGGGGCAGUCUCACCUACUGGGAUAAAAAAUGAAAAGAGAGGGACCAGCCCUGUAACUCAAGUUAAGGAUGAAGCAGCAGCACAGCCGCUGAACCUCUCAUCCCGACCCAAGGCAGCUGAGCCUGCAAAGUCCCCGACGUCUCCCACCCAGAGCCUCUUCCCAGCCAGCAAAGCCAGCCCUGUCAAUCUGCCUAACAAAAGCAGCAUCCCCAGUCCCAUUGGAGGGAGCUUGGGAAGGGGAUCCUCUUUAGGUAAAUGGAAAGGUCAACACCAGGAAGAGACUUAUGAAUUAGAUAUCCUGUCCAGUCUCAACUCCCCCGCCCUGUUUGGGGAUCAGGAUACAGUGAUGAAAGCUAUUCAGGAGGCUCGGAAGAUGCGAGAACAGAUCCAGCGGGAGCAACAGCAGCAACAGCCGCAUGGUGUUGAUGGGAAGCUGUCCACCAUGAAUAACAUGGGGCUGAACAACUGCAGGAAUGAAAAGGAAAGAACACGCUUUGAGAAUCUGGGGCCCCAGUUAACAGGAAAGUCAAGUGAAGAUGGAAAGCUGGGCCCAGGUGUCAUCGACCUCACUCGGCCAGAAGAUGCAGAGGGAAGCAAAGCAAUGAAUGGCUCUGCAGCUAAACUACAGCAGUAUUAUUGUUGGCCAACAGGAGGUGCCACUGUGGCUGAAGCACGAGUCUACAGGGAUGCCCGUGGCCGGGCCAGCAGCGAGCCACACAUCAAGCGACCAAUGAAUGCGUUCAUGGUUUGGGCGAAGGAUGAGAGGAGGAAAAUCCUUCAGGCCUUUCCUGACAUGCAUAACUCCAACAUUAGCAAAAUCUUAGGGUCUCGCUGGAAAUCCAUGUCCAACCAAGAGAAGCAGCCUUAUUAUGAGGAGCAGGCCCGGCUAAGCAAGAUCCACUUAGAGAAGUACCCGAACUAUAAAUACAAACCUCGACCGAAACGCACCUGCAUUGUUGACGGCAAAAAGCUCCGGAUCGGGGAGUAUAAGCAACUGAUGAGGUCUCGGAGACAGGAGAUGAGGCAGUUCUUCACCGUGGGGCAACAGCCUCAGAUUCCAAUCACCACAGGAACAGGUGUUGUGUAUCCUGGUGCUAUUACUAUGGCAACUACCACACCGUCACCUCAGAUGACAUCUGACUGCUCUAGCACCUCCGCCAGCCCAGAGCCCAGCCUCCCGGUCAUCCAGAGCACUUAUGGAAUGAAGACAGACGGCGGAAGCCUAGCUGGAAAUGAAAUGAUUAAUGGAGAGGAUGAAAUGGAAAUGUAUGACGACUACGAAGAUGAUCCCAAAUCAGACUAUAGCAGUGAAAAUGAAGCCCCUGAAGCUGUCAGUGCCAACUGAGGAGCGUUUGUUUGCCGAAUUAAAAUACUCUGACAUUUCACUGCCCCUCCCCCAACAAAAAAGUUCUUAAAGAGCCCGCAUGCAUUUGUGGCUCCACAAUUACAUCAGCAGAAUGGUCUUAAUUGUUUCGUAAAGUGUGAGACAGAUUAAGUUUUCCCUGAUUUUUCAUGAACUUGAGUUUUUUGUCGUUAUUGUUAUUGUUGUUGUUGUUGUUUUUAAUUUAGGUGAAGACAUAUUAAAUAUGAGACACCAGGACUUGAAAACUUAUCUCAACCCAUAGCUGUCUUACAAGUCUUAUAUUUUUUGUCUUACUUUUUUUUUUUUUUCUUUUGGAUGUUGAUAAAGGUUUAAGUUACUGUUUUAGAUGGGGUUAAACAUUCUCACUCAGGUAUGCUGUGCCGGCCUACAGGUUGUGAAUGUGUUUUUAUUCUGAAUUAUUUUAGAAAACAACUGAGGAUUUCAUAUUGUGAAACAGAACAAGUCCACGGCGUGUGCAGCUGCAUGUAGAGCAUAUUCAAAAGGCCUCGGAAUUCCAUUUGUCCACGUGUAGAGUGAAACUUUGAAUGUGCCAAACUUUUUCAUAACUUUUGAAUCUUAAUAUUUUGAAAGUCUUAAAGGAGACACUGCAAAGUCUUAGACAAUCUUUGGCAUCUUAAAAUAAAAUAGCAAACCACACUUUUUUUUUCCAGAAAAUGGUAAAGUACUCAGGAAUCUGGAGACAAGAUAUUGUAAGGAAUGAACAAGGUUGCCACAGUGCGUGUACCCAAUUGUGUUUGCCUCUUGACGCGCCAUCAGUGUGUGACAUGAUAUGACGGCCACACACCAGAGCGAUCACCACACCAGAUACCGACACGGUGGUCUUCUCUGCCUGAGACCACCUCUCACUACAUCCAUUAUCCCUUUGCCUUUAACCCUGACAUUCAGUCUUAACACAUUUUUCUCUUAAAUAAUUUAUUCAUUCCAGAAUGUCACGGGUCCACUUACUAUUUAUUUUAAAAAAAAUUUGUUGGUGGCAUUAAUUUAAUAAUUCUUGUUUUUCACCCUCCUUCCCCAAAUAACUUUUCAGCCAUUUUCACCUCCUUCUCCUGCUAGAUACAAAAGAUGUACAUAGUAAUUUUAUGUCCCCAGAUCAUCUGGAAGCAUUUCUGAAACAAGUUACUACUAAAUACCUAUAUUGUUUUUGAACAUCCUUGUAUAUAUGGCUACAGAGCUGUGUAUCUGGAUACAGGUGUAGAGUCUUACACUUUAACAGAUAUGCCCCUGAGGUUCGCCUUGACCUUGAAUCUUUUGCCAGAAUUGCCCCUUAAUUCAAUUAAGCAACAAGUGGUAGGAUCUGCAUCAGUGGCAUUCGUCCUGAAUGCCACUCAGCAGCAAGAGUCAACAGUGGUGACUGCCAGGCAGGAGAGUCCUGCACCCAAUCUUAAAGCCCAAAGUUGCGGGCCAUGUAGGAGUCAACAGUGGUGCCGUCAUGGGCUGGCACCUUUACACUGAGCUGCCUUGUCCCAUCUGGCACAUCUAGGGAGUGCUUUGCAAAAUCCCCAGGAGGCAAGAAGCCACAUGACAGCCUCAAAGCAAAGAUAGAGGCAAAUAGUCAUGAUACCUGGAGAAUGAAAGAAAACUGCAGGGAAGGAGAAGGAGGGGAAAUACAUUCCCCAUAUGGGCUGUUCCUACUCUUAACCCUGGGGAACAGAUCACUCCUGGGGCAGCAGACAGUGCCUCUGGCUUGCUCCCUCCAUCUGUGGCCACAUGGGGAUCAUGCCUACGUGUGAACAAGGUUAACUGCACUUGUCACACAGGGGCUUCUCUGGAGAGGCACUGAUGGGCUGGGAGGCAGUGAGGUUUUGUCCCCAAUCUCCUAACUACAGGGAGCUCGGCUGUGCCAUUUUGACCUUCCUGAAACCAGGACUGAUUGCCUGUGGGGCGGGGGGUGGCCUCAGCCAGAGUAGCUCAAUGGGAGGAUGUCAGAAAAUAGGACAGUUCACCUCAUGGGACAACCAGAAUCUGAUCACAGGACACAGGAACAGCCCCAUCAGAGUUCUUGAGCCAUUUUGUCACUUGGAAGAGAACAGUAUACCUUCAUAUUUAUUUGAGUGCUCAAGGCCAUACCUAAUAGCAAUAAAUAGGUCUCGCCAAGACAUUAUUGUCCAUGUCAUUAGCUGGGAGUGCUCUCUAUAAGCUGAUUAAGGUACUGAUAGGAAUGUUUGGUUCUUAAUAUUGGUUGGGGAUUGGAACUUUGUUUUUGUACAUUGUAUUUCAAAUGAGGAGGAGGUCAUUUUUUCUGAAAAAAAACUAUUUAUUAUUGUCUUACCGAUUUCUUUCGAUUACAUACCUCUCCUCCUCAGUUCAUUCUCAUGUUUCUUCCUCUUUCUCUUUGACUCUGCUUUGCCCUCUCCCCCUCCUUUUUUAUUUCGUUGCAUAGGUAGAGCGCUGCAUGGCUAGCAUUGUAUUGUAUGUAAUUAAUUUUGCACAAAGGCAAACAUUUAGAAUGGUAGGGUAAUUCUGUUUGUUUUUAUGACCAUGCCAAAAUAAUAUUCUGGGCUGGUGGAGAACAAAGGACUGUUCUUUAGGACUGAAACUUGAUUUUGCUUGUAGUAAAAAAGAAAAGAAAAGAAACAAAAAAAAGAAAACAAAAAAAACAACAAAAAACACACACACUCACAGAUGUUGUUUCGUAAGUGUUAUAAGCACUGGAUAUAAAUGGUAUUUUUUAUCACUUCUGACUAAUGUGAAGCUGUUGUACGAAAACUACAUGAACAAAAGUCAUCUGUUUCGACUCGUGUGGGCUUGCCUCACAGUUGCCGGAUUUGAGUCAUUUUUAUGUCUUGUUAUUUCAUUUAUUUAUGCAAAAUACAUGUGUGUAUGAACACUUUGUUUUAGCUCCAGCUCUGCCUCAGUACUGGGGUUCAGUUACUUCUAGCCAUGUUCUUAAAAAUGAAAGGCUAUUCAGGAAUGAUCUGAUUGUAAACGUCUCUUUCAUUGGGUCAAACAGUGAUGCUGUAUUUGAAUCUAAAUUCUGCACAUAAGCAGUUUAUUCUACUUAUUAGCCAAGUUUGGCUCUAAAUACCGUGGAAAUUAAGAAUGACAAUCAUAGGGAUCACUUCGUUUUAUUUUCAGUGGGGCUUAAACAAAGUUUUUAUGAAUUUACCAUCUCAUUUUAGAUUUUUCUAAUUGUGUAAAUAUAACAUAGAAAUAGACUUUAUUUUUGGUUCAUGAAUACUUAGUGAAAUGUAAGUUAUGUAUUUCCUUUUUGUUCUCUAUCCAUACAUGUUGGUCCAGACUAGAAGCUGAUGAGUCACUGUACCUCACAGGGUAGUGAAUUAUCAGCCACAGUGAGAGAGCAGAGUCCCACCCGUAGCUGGAGCAGGAAAACCCUUCACUCGGGUUCUCAUAAAGCUUAGAACCCACUGUCCACAGACUCAGACUUUCACUUUUUUUUCCCUUAGAGAAAGUUGAUGGAUUCAACAUGGUGAAUUUCCAGUACAUCUGGGAGAGAGUCAGUUUGCUUUGUGAAUCCACAUAAAUCUUAUAAGGUAGUUCUGUGACCAUCUAAGAGCAGGAAGGCUGAAUGUCAUUAUAAAGGUAAAAAUCUGCCUGAGAUUGGCCAUUAAUAAAAGUCCCACCAUCCCAAUUAUAUUAAAGAAUGUUCAUCAAUUUUUUUUCAGUGCCCCCUAUUUCAUAGUAUCUUCAAAUCAAAGGUAAAAAUUAUGUCCAUUUUAUUAAAGAACUUGCAGGAUCAGGAUUUUCCUUGUUACUUAGAAUAGGGACACUGGCAGACAAUCCUGUCCUAAAAAAAAUGGACCCUAUGCAAUAGGAUGGAAGGAAGGAAGGAAGAAAAGAGAGAAAAGAAAGAAAAAGAAAGAAAGAAAAGAAAGGAGGAAGGAAAGAAAGAAAGAGAAAGAGGGAGGGAGAGAGAAAGAAAAGGUCAGUCUGUGGACAGUAGCAGCCAGGCAGGCAGUUUCUCUAUUUCAUUGGCAGAUGUGAUGCAGUAUCUUUUCCAGGAAGAUACGAAAGCUUUGUUGUUUCCAUGUAUAUUCAGCUCGCCCUUUUAGGAGCACAUCAGUUUGCUUCAUUUGUUAUUUGAUACUCCCCAGCCUUGUCCUCAGGCCUGAUUUGAUUUGCCAGGGUCCUGACACGGGCCCUCAGGCCAAGUUCUAAAUUCAGGUGUGGGCUAGCAGUGCUGCUGAGCCAACUCUGGCCUCCCCUGAACAUCGGCCCCACUGGAGCCUGGGUGUUUGAAAAGGGUGUGAUCACUCGAGGGCUGAAAUUAAAGGCUCCUUUCUUUUCCUUGCGAAGCCAGGCUGCUGCUCCAGAGCACACCCUCCUGAGCGAGCGGGGAGCACAGGCACCAGCUGAAAGCAAGGAUUGUUCCGAGGAGACCCGUCUACCCCCAGUAGGAAGGCAGCCUGGUCACUUGAACAUCAUAGCUGAGGCUGCUUCUCUCGGUUUACUCAUUUUGCAAAGAGGUGACCUCUACCUACUCAUUUAGGGAAAAGAAAAAGAAUCAGUUAGUAGUUUUAAACCAUAUGAGAAGUCCUGUACCAAGUGCCAACAACUGCAAAGAAUGCAGCUAGGGGAAUGUACUGAAAUUAUGACUGGGUCUUCCUUUUUAAUGAGAAAAUGACGAAAAAUUGGUUGCUGUAGCCUGAUUUUGUACAUGUUUGUCUAAGGACUGAGUUGGCACUUAAGCUCACUUCUCAAAGUAUAAUCAUAUUGUAUGACCUCAUUUGUCCUUUUACAAAAGCACUUGCAUCAUUUCCUUAAGUCAUCUGCCCCCUGUCUUGUUUUCUUCCUGAAUAAACAACUUCUCUCUGUUAUUCCUUAUGCUUAUGUUCUGUUUCUGAUGCCAUAUACUCUUGAGCGUAACCUCCUGCUAACAUCACUGAAAUUGAUAUGCAGACGCAUUUCCUUUUCGUCCCCAUCCCAUCUUUUCCUUUGGGGACAGAUUUCUUUCCAAAAGCUCAUGAACAAGUAUUCAGAACGCUGGCACCUUUGGGGCGGGGCUCGAGGUGGGUGGGGGAGGGGUGGAAAGGUAACGCUCUUCUAACUUGGAGCUACUCUUCUGGUUGGCGUCCCUGGCAGUAUGAAAGCUUGAAGGCAACUCAGUGACGUAUCUUGCUCAGUAGUUUCUUAUUCCUGAAGAACCACAAGCAUCAUAAAGUGAGGCCUCAGUGCUGGUGCUCUUGGAGUAUGGGGAAUGUGCAAAUAUUUAACUGUUUGUAUGCUGCACAUUGCAGAUCUGCUCAUGUGCAUUCUCCGUUUGUCUUCCUUUGUCAUAUGUGUCUUUGCUUUUUCUGAAAGUGCAGUCUUUGUUGUACCCUUCUCCAGCUCGUAGCAAAUUAGAAUGCUUAGCAUUUAUGUUCAUUCAUUAUUGUAUUUGCCAUGUAAAAUUUUUAUUACCUUAGACAAGCUUAUAAGCUGUUACUACAUAACUUAUCUUACUGUAACUCUUUUUAUUUCCUGACAUUGUAAUUUGUUUGUGAUGUAUAUUGUGAGAUUGUAUUCUAUGUUAAUUUAAUCAGCACAAUUCACUGACAUGCUGGACUGACAUGCUGGCUGCUGUUUCAAAGUGUAAAGUUCGUGUAGGGCUGUUGGGGCAACUACAACUCUGUUGUCAAGGUACUGUGCUGGUUCCUCUAGCAACGCUGCGGGUGCGCGGCCCUUGGGACACUGAGGGCAUUUCAUACGCCCUUGAGCAAAUUUUAGCUGCAGAUUUUCUUUGUAGAAAUUCUAUGUAUAACGCAGGUACCUACUUGGCCCAUGGCUGGUAACUAUUUGGGCAAUUAGAAAAAAAAAAAAAACAGAAACCAUAAAAACUAGUGUCUAUUGCUGCUUUGAAUAUGUUUGAAAGUCUGAAAAUGUAAAUAGUUUAUCAAAAAAAAAUCUUGUACAGUCCAGUGUAAAGUUUUUAAAUGACCUUAAGGGUUGCCAUCACAUCUUUCUCACACUCUCCUCUUAAUAAUGGAAAAAAAGUUUGCUAAGGAUUAAAGAAAUGAAAAAAAAAAGGAUCUCUUCAAAUUUAAAGGAAUGAAUCAUUGUUCUUAGCUUUGUUGCAUACACAGACUUCUUGGAUUUCGUUGUGCAGUAUUGAUGUGAGAUAAAGCUCAACAUUGAAUAAUCUUUCAGUGGUACUUUUCAAAGUCUUCCCCUCCUCUGCCUCAUAAUUAAGGGAAAAGACAAAAUCGAAAGACACACUGUCUUUAUCUAUCCUGGUGUAUGUUGGCACCUUAGCUACUUUUUUUUUUUCCUUUUUGCACAAGGUGCUUUCCUGAUGUGUUAAACAUGCCAUCUUUGGGUGAUAAUGUAUAUGCCAUGAUGGGGCCCAGGCCCCUCAGGGGAGUGUCUAUAAGAACUGCCUAUUUAUGCUCAUUUACCUCAAGACUGUCCUCUCUACCCUAAUCUAGUCGUCAUCACUCCAUCUUUUGUACUGCUGUUGACACUUACAAAUUAAAGAUAAAUUUUGUUUUAUGA